UCUCUUUCUCUCUCGUCUGGUAACGUUCCCUUUCUCGCUCUAAGACCCUCGCUUUCUCUCUCUAUAAACGCCUCCUCAUGAUUAUAGAUCAGAGGCCACAACCACCGCUUCCUCCGUCAUUUUCAGCUUUGUUUGCCAGUUUAUUUGUUUCGUGAGUGUUGUGUUAUCAGUGUAUCUUUAGGGUUUAUGUAGAAGCGGCUUCUGUCUCUGGUGUUUUCCUUUUGUUUUUCUUCUUCUUCUUCUUCCUCUUCUUCUUUUUUUUUUUUUUUGGGGGGGGGAAGGGGUUGUGUUUGGUGUUGCGAGGCUCGAUGUCGUCUUCAACGAUGAAGAUUUGCUUCAAUUCGGAGUGUACGGACCGGAAAUCGGAGCGGCUGAGGAAGGGGUGGCGGACGCGGUCUGGCGACUGUGUGGAGCUAUGUGAUCGAUGCGGUUCUCUUUAUGAUGAGGGAAGGUUCUGUGAGACUUUCCACUUGAAUGCUUCUGGGUGGCGUGGUUGCAAGUCAUGUGGAAAGCGGGUUCACUGUGGAUGCAUUGCUUCAAUUCAUUCAUUCACGUUGUUGGAUACUGGAGGAAUUGAGUGCAUUCCAUGUGCAAGGAAAAAUGUUGUUUUGACACCAAAUCCAGCAUGGCCACCUCAUUUUUUUCUUCCUUUACCUGAGAGACUUAAAGACCCUGUCAAGAACUGGAGCCAGAGCCAGCCUGUUGGACCCUGGCGUGCAUCCAAUCUGUUCAAUACUUCUCUUCCUCAGUCUGAUUUGCGUCCAAGGAUGCCUAGUGAAGCUGAUUUGUCAACUGGUGUUGAUAGACUUAUUGUCAGUGAGAGAUCAUCUGCCUCUUCCUUGGAAAAGAAGAAAAUCGAAGAUUCAUCUGAAAGAUCAAUGAAUGGAGGCCUAAAGCUGGGUGCAUUGGAAAUGCUUGAGAAUGGGAAUUCUGGAACCAACUGUGAGGAGCAACCGGCUUCAUGUGUAAAUAUACCUCAGCAGUCAUCCUCUCUAAAUGAUGAUCAUUCUGCUCCACUUCUUAGUUUGGCUGUGCCUUAUGCUUCAUCAAGUGAAACAAAUGGUCAAACUGUUGUUUCUGGAACUAUAUCACAACCAACCCCUUCACCUCCGCUAGCGAAGAAGUUCUCUGGUCAUCCACAUAAUGGAGUCGAUUCAUCCGGUGAAGCUCAGGUACGCAAUGGAAGGCCUCGAGGAGAUGCCCGAGGAAGAAACCAAUUACUUCCUCGAUACUGGCCAAGGAUAACUGAUCAGGAACUACAACAAAUCUCUGGAGAUUCAAAUUCUGUAAUCACUCCUUUGUUUGAAAAGAUGCUAAGUGCUAGUGAUGCUGGGCGUAUAGGGCGUUUAGUGCUGCCAAAAAAAUGUGCUGAGGCGUAUUUCCCAGCAAUUUCUCAGCCUGAAGGAUUGCCUCUUAAAGUCCAGGAUGCAAAAGGUCAUGAAUGGAUAUUUCAGUUUCGAUUUUGGCCCAAUAAUAACAGCAGAAUGUAUGUUUUAGAGGGAGUUACUCCUUGUAUACAGUCGAUGCAAUUACAAGCAGGUGACACAGUAACAUUUAGUCGAUUGGAACCAGAAGGGAAGCUGGUUAUGGGAUUUAGAAAGGCUUCGACUGCUCCAUCAUCUGAUCAGGGCAAUGAAACAAUAAAGACUGGCAAUGGUGGGUCUACGCAUGGAGAUGUUAGUAUUAGAAAAACUAAAACUGGUGAAGUUGCUUUAACUAAUCGUCAUCUAAAAAGCAGUUUAGGAUCACCUAGCUUUUCAUCAAUGGAUCAGGCUGAUUUGGCAGAUCCUGCAAGUGCAUGGUCUAAAGUUGAUAAAUCAGGAUACAUAGCAAAAGAAGCACUUGGUGCAAAAUCAUCAAUUCCUAGAAAGAGGAAGAAUAGCACCUUGGGUUCAAAAAGCAAGCGCCUCAGAAUUGAAAAUGAGGAUCUGAUAGAGCUGAAGUUAACAUGGGAAGAAGCUCAAGGACUGCUUCGCCCACCCCCUAACCAUGUUCCCAAUGUUGUGGUUAUUGAAGGCUAUGAGUUUGAGGAAUAUGAGGAACCGCCAAUAAUUGGGAAGCCAACAAUUUUUGCAACUGAUGAUAUGGGUGAAAAGAUUCAGUGGGCCCAAUGUGAAGACUGUUUUAAAUGGCGCAAACUGCCUGCUGAUGUUUGUCUUUCCUCAAGAUGGACCUGUUCUGAAAACACAUGGGAUCCAGAAAGGUCUUCAUGUUCAGCAACUCAAGAAAUAACAGCAGAACAGUUGGAAGAUCUGCUACCCACUAGUAAGACGGCUGCUUCUAAGAAAAUGAAGGCUGCUAAACAGGACUCAGAUACCAUUGAAGCUUUGGAGGGCCUGGACACUCUUGCUAACCUAGCUAUCCUGGGAGAGGGUGAGGCACUCCCACCAUCUUCCCAGGCCACAACCAAACAUCCCCGGCACAGACCUGGAUGCUCAUGUAUAGUCUGCAUUCAGCCCCCAAGUGGUAAGGGCCCUAAACACAAGCAGACAUGCACAUGUAAUGUCUGCCUAACAGUGAAGCGCCGAUUUCGCACCUUGAUGAUGCGACGAGAGAAGAAGCAGUCUGAGAAAGAAGCAGAAACUGCACGCAAGAAGCAGCAAGAGCAGUUACUGUUGCCUGAGAAAAUAACUGAUGAUGACCCAUUGCUCUGUAGUAACUCUGGAAAUAGUGGACCAAACAAGAAAAAGGUGGUCAAUGAGGGUUCUGAUGAUGACCCAAACAAGAGGAAAUCCCUGACCACCUCACCUUUUAAAGGUCAAAUUGACUUGAACAUUCAACCAGAGCGGGAGGAAGAGUCAUCACCAGGUUCUGAUUCUGGCAGCAUGAUGAGGUUGCUCCAAGAUGCCACAGAGAGGUGUCUCAGGCAGCAGCUGUCAUCAAGCUCGGCUGGCAACAGAAGUUCAUCUGGAAAUCAGACACACUUGGAGGAAGAUGAACCAGAGGGAGAAAAACUUGGCAAUGGUCUUGACCCUGGUACAAGUAAACAGGAUUCUGACAUCAACCACCCUGUAGCUUUAUCGAUGAAUGCAUCAGCAUCCACAUCUGCCACUGGGUAGAUAAAUGGUGCCUCUCAUGCAAAGGUAGAUUGGCAUGAAUUGCGGUUAUCAGUUUGUUUAUUCAGGUCUGUACAUAAAGCAGAGGUAGGAAAUGGAUAAUAUGGGUUAGAAACCAAUAAUUUUGCUGUUCAGUAUGCUAUAAAUGUUGUCCUAUCUUACUGUAGUAUUACAUGAGAAUAUAUGCCCAAAGUCUUAAAAAGUAGGGAAGGAGCUAUUACUUUUUCUCUUUUUGGGAGCUCUCCUUUCCGCCCUUAUGCUUAGACAUGUAGGAUGUAAUUAAGGUCUGUUUUCUUUUUCUUUCCAUUCAUUCAAAGAGAAAUUGCUUCCGGGUGCUUUUAACCUCUUGUUACGCUGCUUUGUUUCAGCAAUCAGACUGGUAAUUAAAGAAAUGAAAUUUAGAUUAGCAUGACUU